AUGAAGUCGAGGGGGGUUAAGGAAAAUGCCGUGACUCAUAAUAUAAUGGUUAAGUGGCUAUGUAAGGAAGGUAAGAUUGAUGAGGCGAGUAAUGUAAUGGCAAAGAUGGUGGAAAGUGGGUUCUCUCCGGAUUGUUUUACUUAUAACACUAUGAUUAAUAGUUAUUGUAAGGCUGGAAAGAUGGGAGAGGCAUUUAAGAUGAUGGAUGAAAUGGGAAGGAAGGGAUUGAAAACAGAUACUUUUACUCUAAACACCAUAUUGCACACUUUAUGCUCGAAGAAGAAGCUGGAGGAUGCAUACAAGUUGACUAUAAAUGCUAGGAAGCGAGGUUAUAUUCUUGAUGAGGUAACAUAUGGAACUCUAAUCAUGGGGUAUUUCAAGGAUGAACAAGCAGAUAGGGCGUUGAAGCUUUGGGAUGAGAUGAAGGAAAAAGGAAUUGUUCCCACUGUUGUCACUUAUAACACUAUAAUCAGGGGAUUGUGUCUGUCCGGAAAAACUGAUCAAGCUGUUGAUAGACUGAAUGAGCUUUUAGAGAAGGGUUUGGUCCCCGAUGAAGCUACUUGUAACAUAAUUAUUCAUGGUUACUGUUGGGAAGGAGCGGUAGAGAAAGCAUUUCAGUUUCAUAACAAAGAACACUCGUUCAAACCAGACAUUUUCACGUGUAAUAUUCUUCUCCGGGGACUUUGUAGAGGGGGUAAGCUGGAGAAAGGUCUUACCCUAUUUAACACAUGGAUCUCUAAAGGGAAGCCCAUUGACAUAGUCACAUACAACAUAGUAAUAUCCUCUUUUUGCCAAGAAGGACGGCUUGAGGAUGCAUUUGAUCUUAUGGUAGAAAUGGAGAGGAAAAAUAUGGAGCCUGAUCGAUAUACCUAUAAUGCUAUUACGAGUGCGCUUACUAAUGCUGGUAGAAAUGAGGAAGCAACAAAAUUUGUUUCGAAAUUUGCAGAGAAAGGGGAAGAUGUGAAAGCUCAAGACACUUCUCCAGAGGUUGGUACAAGUGAUAUGAUGUACUCGGAGCAAAUAAGUAGUUUGUGUACUCAAGGGAAGUACAAGGAAGCAAUGAAACUGUUUCAACAGGCAGAGCAGAAAGGAGUUUGUUUAAAUAAAUAUACAUAUAUCAAGCUAAUGGAUGGGCUAUUGAAGAGGCGGAAAAGCAUAUCAAAGGCUGCCAAAUAA